AUGCCUGACACAACAUCACCAAAACCUCCGUACGCCAUACAUGAAUCCGCACCCCAGCUGCAGUAUACAGCUACCCACACUCUAAAAACAACAAUCACACAAACCUACAAAACUCGCCGAAUGACAACAAAUCAAUUAGAACGUGUUGCAAUUAUAGGAGCUGGACCAGGUGGUCUUACAUUAGCACGCAUUCUUCAGCUUAAAGGUGUUGAAGUGGAAUUUUAUGAACGAGAAAAUUCUAUGAAUGCUCGAUCUCAAGCUGGAAGUUUAGACUUACAUACUGAAUCGGGACAAUAUGCACUUCAAACAGCAGAAUUAUUUGACAAGUUUAAAGAGUUGUGUCGUCCUGAAGGAGAAGAUUGA